AAACAACCUGCUUUGGCUGCUAUCGUUUCUUCAAUUGUCGGUCUCAUAUGUGGUCUUAUCGCUUGGUUAGUUACUGCUCAAAAACUUUAUAAUGAAAUUACUAUUUUCUCUACUGGUCAAAAUUAUCCUAUGUUGGCUGGAAAUUUAGUAUCUAUCUUAGUUCCAUUGUUUAUAACUUUAAUCUGGUCAUUUUCUUUCCCUGAUGAUUUCGAUUUCGAUAUUACUCGUACCAAAUUACAAAUUUUAACUGAUGAUGAAGUUGAUGAAAACUUUAAACAUGUUGAUGAUUCUGAAACUGAUCCCCACAGAUUAAAAAAAGCAUUCAAAUUUGCUCUUUGGAGUAGUAUCUGUUUAACCCUCAUAUUGGCUGUUAUUUGGCCAUUACCUAUGUACUUUUCAAAUUAUGUUUUCUCCAAACCUUUCUUCACUUUUUGGGUGGCUUUAAGUAUGAUUUGGGCGCUUUGUGGUGCUAUAGCUGUUGCCAUUUUCCCAGUGGUUGAGGCCAGACAUAGUGUUUAUAGAGUUAUUGAAGGUGCCUUUUUGGAUAUUACCGGAAAGAAAAAAGUUGAACAAGAAGAAAUCGAUGUCAAGCAAGAAACAACUAAUAAUGAAAAAGUUUAA